AGAAAGACUGUACCCAGCGGUGCAGAGACAGCCUGUGCCCGCGCAGCACUUCAAGAAGUCUCCCCCUCGCUGUUAUGAACUCUCUCCCGGACUUUGAUGAGUUUACAAAGACCAAAAGUCACAACAAAUGAACUGGACCAUUCGUCCCAUCGGGUCUUCUCAGUCAUUCCAUCAUUGUUGAUGAAGAAGGCGAGAUGUACAUACUGAUCACCACCUUCGCCCUCCUGGUGGGCUUCCACCCCACCUCAGCCGUCAGCGGAGGACUCCGGGGCAAGUGCCUCAUCUUCUCCCAGCCGUCCUCCACCUCCUACGUGAAGCUGCUGCCGCGCCGUUUUCCCGAGUUAGACGGCAGGCGGAGACUGGUGAAGAAGGCCCGGCAGGGGCACGAUAUGACGGGUGGUGGGGUGGUCAUCCUGGGUCAGGAACAAGACCAGGUGGGGGGUGGCUUUGACGCGGAGCAGUCCUUCGUGGGCGAGUUGUCCCAGGUCAACCUGUUGGACCGGGUGCUUGGGCAGAGGGAGAUCGGUGAGAUCAACCGGGGUUGUGGGUGCCUCGGGGGAAACGUUAUCGAUUGGUCCACGGUGGCGUUCGAGAGCAGAGGGACGGUGGGGAUCAGUGAUAGUCCGGAGUAUGAGUUGUGAGGGGAGGCGUAGGGAGCAGUGGGUAGGGACUGAAUAGGUGAAUAAAGUUGAAGUGAACUGGA